UCAAUCAAAAUCUCCUGAGUUUUUUUCAAGUUCAGCCAGUGAUAUAACAAAACCUAGAUAAAAGAAAAAUAUUGGUCUUGUGAUGAAGAAGAACUUGAUGUUUAUUCUACAUUUGAAGAUUCUGAUGAUGAAAUUGAAUAUGGAACCGCUAAUGUAAUUCAU